CUUUCUCUCCCUCCCUCACUCGCAGCGCGUUAAAUCUUUGCUGCUGCUGCCAACAGCACUGCUCGCGGUACAAUAUGAGUUUGUAUGUUUGUAUCCGCAUGUGUUUGUCAGGCUACACUGAGCGCGUGUGGUACCAGGGGCCGUUAUGAGUGGGAAGAGCCUCUUGCUGAAGGUCAUUCUUCUGGGGGAUGGCGGCGUGGGCAAAAGCUCCCUCAUGAACCGAUAUGUGACGGACCGCUUCGACUCGCAGUCUUUCCAUACCAUCGGUGUCGAAUUCCUUAACCGCGACCUCGAAAUCGAUGGUCGGCUGGUCACCCUACAGAUCUGGGACACGGCAGGCCAGGAGCGAUUCAAGAGCCUGCGCACACCUUUUUACCGUGGUGCAGAUUGCUGUCUGCUCACGUUCGCAGUGGAUGACCUGCAGAGCUUCCAGAAUCUGGGCUGCUGGAAAAAGGAGUUCAUGUAUUAUUCAGAUGUACGAGACCCGGAGCGCUUCCCCUUUGUAGUGCUGGGAAACAAGGUAGACAAGGAAGAGCGUGAGGUCGGUGAGGAUGAGGCCAGGGCCUGGUGUGAAGAAAAUGGCUGCUGUCCGUACUUUGAAACCAGUGCAAAGGACGACACAAAUGUGGGGGCUGCUUUCGAAGCCGCUGUUCGGGAGGUUCUGGCUAGCGAGGACCCCAUUGACCACACCUUGCUGAGCAGUUCCAUCGAUCUCCAUGGAAACCGUAAAGUGACCCGCUCGUCCUGCUGUUGAGGUGCCUCUAAGUUGCUCUUGGCCUUUGUAAUUAUGGACGUGCUGCAGUGCUGGAGAAUUAUGGUACAGGCAUCAGACGUGUGUGUCUUAUGGGCUACUAACAGAGUUACCUAAAAGUAAAGGUAUUUUAUACAUAUUUAUCUCUUCAAGUCUGGCACGAAUAACAUAUUCUAUGAAAUUUCCCAGUCUAAGGUCUGUUUGCUUGUGAUGUGGUGCUUUUAGAAGUGUUUUAUGACAGCCUCAAAUAAAACAAGGAUGGACAACUUCGAUCCAGGAGGGCCACUGUCCUGUAGAGUUUACCUCCAAUCUAAUCAAGCACUGUAAUCAAGCCUGUAGCUUUCUAUAUGACUUGAGGACACUGAUUAGCUUGUUCAGGUGUGUUUGAUUAGUGUCGGAUCAAACCUCAGCAGGACAGUGGCCCUCCAGGACUGAAGUUGUCUAUCCCUGACAUAGAACAAAGAUUUAGCCUUAACAUUUUGCUGUUUUGUACCAUCUUAGUAUUGGGCUAUUAUAGUACUUGUUGGUCUGAUAUUUUAAGUUACAUAACCCCAAAUUUGCUUACUGACCACUGAUAUCAGUAAUUCAUAUGGUACUUAAGUCAAUAACGCAUAUUUUAUUUAUUUUGCUCAAGAUAUUAUUUUGGCGAAGUUUGUCAGAAACGUGUUUCGGGCACAUUUCACAACAAAUUCAAAAUAAGAAAACAAAAGAACAUAAGCAAAAUAUUAUCAUAAAAUAGUUAGAGGGAUAGUUCACCCAAAAAUUAAAGUUCAGUCACCCUUCCUAACCUAUGAAGCACAAAUUAAGAGAUUUUUAAUCUUUCACAAGCAAGGAGACGUUUAAAGCCCAGAAAUGUACUGUAGCAAGAACAUGUUCCAAACAAUCCAUGUGUCCUGUCGACCUGUACUGUUGUUGAAUAAAGUAAUUAUUCUAUUUUGCGCACAAAGGUAUUGCUUGUAGCUUUAUAAAAUUACAGUUGACCCACUGAUGACACAUGGAAUGUUUUACCAAUGUUCUUGAUACCGUAUCUUUCUUAUAUUUUGUUCUGACGAUGAAUGAAGGUCUUAGUGGUUUGGAAUGACACUAGUGGCCCAUUCCCUGGUAAAGUACAGUACGGGUCACCUUUAUCAGGCUUGCGUUUCCACUACCAAGGGUACCCUUUUGGUGGGCGUGGUGUACGACAGAAAGUUGACGUCAUUCUCGCUUGAAAAAAUGUCUACAGUAAAGCUCUA